CCCCGCCCCUCUCUGAAAUCGUUCCACUACGUCAGCUCGUCCCGUCCGCUCGGUGAAGAUGUCUGCGACGGGCUCAGGCGGCUGUGGACCCGGGCCCGCCUCGGGCGCCGGCUCCGGGGCGUCCAACCCGCGAAAGUUCAGCGAGAAGAUAGCACUGCACACCCAGCGGCAGGCCGAGGAGACGGCCGCCUUCCAGGAGGUCAUGAUGGACAUCACUUCGACCAGGCUCCAGGCCCAGAAGCUCCGCCUUGCCAGGAAUCAGGGGCCGUACUAUGGCGGCUCAUUACCAAACGUGAACCAGAUCGGCAGGACCCCUCAGGACUUCCAGGGCUCCUUCCCGUCCACUCUGGAGUCCAGUCGGGCGACGCGGCAUCACGGGCUGGUGGAGCGAGUGCAGCGGGACCGCCGCUUCGUCUCGCCGGUCCGACCAUAUCGCAAAAUGGACAGCUCCCCGUACAGCCCCGCCUACCUGUCGCCGCCACCCGACCCCAGCUGGAGAAGGAAUUGGUCUGGAAACUUCCCCGGAGAUAAAAGCCAGUUGUUUCGUCUCCCCACCACUGCACUCAACAGGACGAACUCCGACUCAGCGCUCCACACCAGUGUGAUGAACCCGCCCUCCGGAGACCCGUUCAGCACUGGCGGACCCACGCUCGCCCUCCAGAACGCCAGAAUCGGCGGUCAGAGCGACGGAGAGGGCAGAAGAAUGUUUCCAUAUCCUGUCCCUCCCAUCGAGGAGAACGUGUUGGACGAGGGGAAGCUGAUGAAACCCUGGGACACCAAGAAGCUGCCGUUGUUGUCAUCCCGGCCGAAGUCCUGCGAAGUUCCCGGCAUCAAUAUCUUCACUUCCCCGGAGCAGCCGUCCACGCCGGCUCAUGGUGUUCCCUCGGCGCUGAACACUGGCGGCUCGCUGCCUGACCUCUCCAGCCUCCACUUCCCCUCGCCACUGCCCACGCCACUGGACCAGGACGAACCGGGUUUCCCAGGGUCGUCCUCUUUGAGUGGUGGCAGCAGCACGGGAAACCUGGCCUCCACCCUCACCCAGCUGGGGAUCAACGCCGCCAACGCGCAAGGAGGAAACGGCAGCUUCCACCACCCACCAGGACUCCUGGCAUCGUUACAGAGCACGCUCGGUAACCCCUCCCUGCAGUCAUCACUAAGCAACCCCAACAUCCAGUCAUCACUCAGCAGCCACUCCUUCUCAAACUCCCUUAGCUCCGCCUCCCUGCACUCAUCGCUCAGCAACCCCUCGCUGCAGUCGUCCCUGAGCUCCUCGCCGUCGCUGCCAUCCUCCCUCAGCAGCCAAUCGCUGCACUCGUCUCUCAGUAACUCCUCCCUCCAGUCUGCGUCCAGCGGUAACCCUGGUUACAGCAGCGGCGUGGGCGGCUCUGGCUCCUGCUCCUCCUCCUACUCGCCACUGAUGAGUGGGCAGGGCCAGCCACCGCCGCAGCUCAGCACGUCGCCGCGCCGCCGCGUCCAGCUGUCCCCGCUCAUCCUGCCGCUGGGCGGCGACUCACGGCGGCAUCACUCCAAACAAUUCUCCCCAACUAUCUCACCCACCCUGUCCUCCAUCACACAGGGCGUCCCGUUGGACACCAGCAGGCUUCCUGUGGAUCAGCGGCUGCCUCCGUACCCGCUCAGCCAGUCCCACCAGCACCAGCCCGGCGCGCAGCAAACGACGCUGCCUCAGCACCACCACCAGCCGCCGCUCCGCCUCCAGCAGCCACGGCCCAGCAGCCAGCAGCAGCUCCACCUGCAGAACAUGCGGAACCAGCACCUGCAGCAGCACUUCGGAGCGCAGCAGAGGCUGAUGGGACCGCAGAUGAGCGCAGCGCCCCCUGUGAAGAGCGAGGGCGUGCCGGAGCAGUGCGUCCAGACCUCCUCCUCGUCCUCACUCUGCCACGCCAAACAGGAAGCGGAGCAGCAGAGAGCCGGCCUCCAUCAGCACCAGCAGCACGCCGGCCACAGCCUCCCCGCCGACAUCUACAACGAUGCUUUGCUCAGCUCUCUGCUGGACGACCCCUACCUGAGCCUGCAGCUCACCGGCAGAUCUGAGCAGCAGUUCGCCACAGAGACCCAGGCCGACAUGCUGUCCCUGAACCACAGUGGUCUGAGCUGCAGCGCAGACAAGAACCAGUUCCCCUCCAACAGCCAGGGGGCGCUAGACCUGCAGGACCUCAGUGACCAGCAGCUCCUCAACAAUCAGAACCAGAACUUCAGCGGGAGCGACGGACGACAUAACGUGCCCAACAUCAUCCUCACAGGCGACUCUCCGACGGGCCUGUCCAAAGAGAUCGCCAGCGCGCUGUCCAACGUCCCCGGCUUUGAGAUGGACUCCUUCUCGCUGGAUGACCAGCUCCGGAUGGACCCGCUGUCCCUGGACAUGCUGGAGGGCAACCUGAUGCUGGCCGACCCGGCCGUGGAGGACUCCUUCCGCUCGGACCGGCUCAAGUGACGCCGCCGACGCUCCGGGAACGGCGCCCGCACCUGGAGAGGACUCCACCCUUCCGUCGCUCCCCCACAGCCGGUCUGUCGAGCGAGCUUUGGAAGAAUGCGCCUUCAUCGAUGAAGGAGCUGACAUCUGUGUUGGGGGAGGGAUAAACUGAAGGAGGCGGAGCCUCACUGUCAAUGGCACUUAAACUGAAAACGCUCUCGCUUGCUUGAAGUCAGAAACCUGCUGCAGCUUUCUGACCACUCCCCGCCCACACCCGGCCGUCAUGAUGGCGUCACGCCACAGGAGCGGAGGCGUGAGAGCGGUGUGGAAGCCACUUUCUGCUCUGACAGCUACUUUAACAGGAACUUAGCCAUGACCCCUGACCUUUGUCCUCUGACUUCUGUCCCCUGACCGUGCGUGCUGCUUCUGCUCGGGCUGCUCCGCUCUUUUAUGCAGAACUCAUUUUGACGUGUGAGCAUGCGCCGACCCGCCCACCUUUACGUUGCCUCUGACUGGACACGAGCGUCGACCUACAGCAGCUGAGCAUUGCCGAGUUUUAUCCCGCCGAGGCUCGUCAGAAGAACACGCCCCUCAGCUGGAGAACUGCCGUGGCUGCACGGCGUCUGUACAUGAAGAAUGGACACACCCACCAUGUCCCGCUUCGGCGCUGUGAGUCGACGCGUCCUGUGUCAUCACACGAUCUGCUUGCUCUUUGGCUUCUCUGUGUGAGUGUCAGCUGAUCUGAAGGCGGAGCAUCGACGGCGCCUUUGACCAGCUUACGUCUGUCUGUUACAUCCACAUUCCCGCCGCCUGCAGAUGGUCAGCUGACCUUUGAACCCAAAGUGAUGCUUUUCAAAGAGGAGUGCGAGCCUUCCUCCUCCUCGUGUGUUUUUAUGAACUCAAGUAUAAAGUUUUUAUUUUUGUAAAUAACUCAGAUAUAAAAAUCAUAUUUAAGAAGAAAGCGUUUAGCUCGCCGCCACCUUUGUGAGAUCAGCCCGCACGUCUGCCUGACCGCUUGAAGGUCGAAGCUCGAUGCGCUCGCCCAGGAUGGCGAGGUCCCAGCAGAGUCCCAGCCCCGCCUUAAAACAAAUGUAAGAGCGCGUUAUCAACACAUGUGAUUGUGAUCAAUCGGAGCCUGACAGGAAGCUGCACGACUACAAAAUCUCUCUUUCUGUUUUAAACAGAUUUUAUUUUAUUCUGAAAAUGUUUGAAUGAAUUUAAAUUUACGGAAGUUUCACGAGGAGCGAAAAACAAAUAUAAAAGUCGUACAUUUACGAGGAAAAUUAUUUUUAAAUGUUUCCUCGUUUGCUGCUUUAAUCUGAAAAUUCGACAUCAUAACCAAAAUAAACACAUAGAUUAUUAGAGCCGCGUUAAUGAAAGCCGCCUGAUGAGGUUUAUUAGAAAAAAGAAUUUAUAAUCCUGAAAGGAUAAAUGUUUUUUGUAUUUAAAGAUAAGAUAUUCCAUCAUGGCCCUGACCGGCUGCCGUAGGAACCACCCCGAACGAUUAAAACGCAAUCAAAAUCCUUCCUGUUUCAGCCUGGAAGGUUUUGGGAAACCUUGAGUCCAAAGCAAGCGUGUUGGGGGAGGAGCUUCAGAGCAGCCUUGCUGGUUUCAGGAGGUCGGGAGGUGACGAAGGUGAGGAAGAGCAGUGGGACUGGAGGUUCAGGUGUAUCUGCUGCCCCCUGCAGGUCGCUCACAAGAUAAAGGUCACAGUCGAGGACGGGAAAAACGAAAUGAAGCUGAUCUCUGAGGACCUGCAGACAAGCUCCUCCCACCUCAGCCCGGCCAUCACGAGCAGCAGCCGCUCCAGUCAUUGAUCGAUUGACCUCGUCCUUCAGUCUCAGUGACCCGAGGCGAGAGGUCAGCUUUCGCUCCGUCGAUCAAUACCUGAUCAGCUCAUUGAUCGCCACCUGAUCUGACCAAUAUGUUCACACUGACAGGCUGCCGUAGAGCAGCCAAUAAAAAUGCACCGCACUUCGCGUCAUCACAGGCGUCAGCCAAUCGGGUCACGUCAUGAAAAUCCCAAGAAGUCAAAGUGCUGCACUCGGGUCUGGACGUGUGAUCUUUGCACCUCCUCCUGGAGGAGGCGCGGCGGCGCCCUCGGGCCGCGGCGGCGCCUGUGUCAGGACCACCGCAGGUACAGAAAGAUUAAAAAGCUCGAAUAUUUUCUGAGAUUAAAGCCGUAAUUUUAUUAAAAUGCUUUUUUCUACUUUUUGAAUCUGAGAGAAUAUUACAAAUAUAAUCGGACACGUUUCACAGGGUUAAAUCUUAAAUAUUUCUUCUUCUAGUUUUCAUUUAACAAUAAUAAAUGACUCAUUUUGAAAAGCACUUCCUGUUCCAGGCUGUAAAGUUCUGCAUAAUCUGACCUCCACUCUCACUCCAAACGCUAAGGCCUGAUUGGUCAGCUUUUGGAAGCCUGCAGAGGAGCAGAUGACCAUAUAAGGAUGUCAGCCGUCACAGAGGCAGAAAAUUUUUUUUAAAGAAAAGCUCAGAGGUGACUUUAGUGUUUAUAGAUGAAGCUUUGAUCAUGUUCACACCAUGAAUACAAAUAAAAAUAUGAAAUAUUUUAUUAAAAGUUUCUUUGGUGGAAUCGGAGACGCCUUCGUGUUCAGCAGCAGCGUUUCUUUUUUCUUCUUCUGUUAGAAUAAAACCAAAACGCGUUCGAUCAAACGGACGGAGAAGCUUCGUGCGGCGAUCCUGGAACAAAAUCGUGUUUUACUUCCUGUUUAAUGUUUUGUUUGUUUUUUCCUUUCAUACGACGUUCAGUAGGUCAAAAAGUUCAAAACUGAGGAAGAAAUCCCAGAAUUCAUGUGUGCGUGCGUGUGUGUGCGCGUGUGUGCGCGUGUGUGUGCGUGCGCGUGUGUGCGUGCGCGUGCGUGUGAGACUGUUUUCUUGUUAUGCAAUAACUGUGCAGAGUAAGCCUGCAGUUCCAGUCUCUGCCAGUGGAGGGCGCUGCUGACCUGUGUGUGGAUUAGGGAUCAGUUAAAGGCCAUAUUUCAUAUUUUUCAUAUUUUUUAUUGAUAUUAAUUUCUGUCAUUAAUGUUUAUAGUUUUUUUUUCAUGUUUUUUUUAGACUCCAGAGUUAAAAAACAAAACGAGAACAGCUGAGCGCUCUGCGUCUGUUGCUUCAUAUUUGAAUAAUAAAGUUUGUUUCUAUUGAGAUUUUUAUUGUCAUAACCAGGGAACGUUGAGUGUUGUACAUAUGAAAACGUUUUGAACCCAGAGGUGUUUUUAAAGCGCAGCGGCUGGAGGUUCACCGUGUUUUACAGAAAAUAAAGAAAUAAAGCUGAAACUGAAA